GACUGACACAUGUAUUUAUUUAUGUAAUGACUACCAGAAGUUUAGGAGCGGUUGUCUUUGGUGCUGGAAUCGCUGGUAAAGUUAGGAUACGAGACAUACUGAGUUGUGAUGGUGAAAACAUUGGCGCAAAACUCGUAGGCUUUGUAUCAAGACGUCAACUUGCAAUAGAUGGCGCCACACAGAUAACAGAGGAUGAAGCCCUCCAUCGACCGGAAGUUGAUGCUGUCUUAAUUUGUACAGAACCGUGCGAACAUGAACAUGUGAUAAGGAAAGCCUUUGGCUGCGGGAAACAUGUCCUUGUGGAGUUUCCUGUUUGUACAUCAGCGUCAGUCACUGCGGAAUUGUCUCAUCUUGCAGAAGAAAAGGGAUUGGUAUUACAUGAAGAGAACAUUGCUUUACUAACACCAGGUUUUCUUGCUCUGAAAGAAAAGUUACUCAAUGCUAGAAGUCCUCUUGUAAAGGGAGAGAUUCAUUUAACAGGGAGCUACAAUGGUUGGGUAGAGGAUUUUGAGAAGUCUGGUGGACCUUUUUGCGUAAAUGUUUCCCUGAUACAGACCUUAUAUGAACUUGUUGGUAAUGACCUUCACGCAACAGGAGGUCAACUAGAAGUCACAGAUACUGGAUUCGUAGCAACUGCCAAACUCGCGUGUUCAAAAUGCAGGGAUUUAACCUUGACUAUAAGAAGAACAAAGGAAAGGUCGAAGCGGGAAAAACAGACGAAGUUUAUAUUGGUAGAUGGAACUGUACUUGAUGAUACUCCAGGAGUGACGCCCCCUCCCGUGGAGGGUAUGUCACAACCACCAAAGAAACCAGGGUUGUUCAUGCAAGAUUUUCUCCAAUUUGUUGAUAAAGUGAAGGGAUUAAGAGAAAACACUACAGACACUGCUAGAACACUUCACUGUGUCCAGGUAGCCGACGAUAUACAUAGAUUUAUGGGACUGAAUUCAUAGAACUUCUGAUCUGUUUUAGGUUAAAGACUAAAUUUGCGAAAAUGUCUGAUCUGUACUUUGGUUCAUGAUUAAAAAAAUAGAACUCA